AUGUCAUAUAUCUCGAAGAUUUUACUCGCGAUUUCCGUGCUACAGCUGGUCCACUCGGGGUUCUCCAGUUUCGAGUUCCACCGCUUGAAGCGGCACCUGACCCUAGCCGACGGCAUCCCGCAGGGCUUCCGGCUUCCCUCGGACAUCAAGGCUGAGGUUGUCUGCGCGCUCGUGCUAUUUACGCUCGGGAUAUUCCUCUCGUUCGAAAAGCUUCAGCACCUGCCACUGACCGGCUCGCGCACCCCGCUCACGCAAGACCUCUACCUGCACGAAAUUCGUAUGAGCGAGGCAACCAAAACCGACAAUCUCAUCGGCAGUGAGACAUACGGCGACUUCACGUUCAUGCCUUCUUUUAUCGACGUCCACGCGCGCCGCAAAGAGAUCCGUACGUACAUGCAGCAUAAGAACCAAUAA